AUGCAUAGUCAACUAUCUGAAUUUAAACGAAGUGAAUUCAUUAAAAGUGGACAAUCCAACAUUCCACAUAAAAUUGCCCUUGAUUUCUGCCCUUUACACGUUAUGCAGCCCGUGACGGGCAAGAGAGGCUUCUCGAGGCUGCCUCUCCCUGAUGGCAAAUCUGUCGCGAACAAAGCAUUGAGUGGGGUGAACUUCUCCGUGUUUCAGCUCAUGAAGGUGUCGAAGGCCCUGCUGGGGGACCGCCUCUUCAAACUGAUGAUGAAGGCCACCUUCUACGGGCACUUCGUGGCGGGCGAGGACCAGGAGAAGAUCAAGCCUACGCUGGAGCGCCUGCGCUCCUUCGGCGUCAAACCCAUCCUCGACUACUCGGUGGAGGAGGACAUCAGCCAGGAGGAGGCCGAGCGCCGCGAGGUCGAAGGGAGCGUGUCUGCAGCUGGCGACGAGAAGUCGCAAGGUACUCUGACACAGUAUCAUGUGGAUAAAACAUUUGCUGAUCGCCGAUACAAGGUUAAAAGUGCUCGCACAUACUUCUACCUGAAUGAAGCCCAGUGCGAACGCAACUUGGAAACUUUCCAACGUUGUUUGGAAGCAGUCUCGGGAGCCACGUUUGGUACUGGAAUUUGUGCUAUCAAGCUGACAGCACUUGGCCGGCCUCAGUUGUUGUUGCAACUGUCAGAAGUAAUUAUGCGAACAAGACAAUACUUCUCGGAUGUAGUGGGUGGCCAAGGAAGUGUUAUUUCUCAUCAUGUGGGUCCUGAAGUACUCGAAAAGAAAUUUGAGCAAGCAUGCUUACUAAGUGAAGCUCCUGUAAAGAAAUUCCUUGAUAAAAUCACCUAUGACAGAGAAGGUGUUAUUCAUUUAUUUCCUUGGAGCGGCAUUAUUGAUGAAAAUCAACAGCUCAGUGACACUUUUCGCGUACCUGACUUGAAGACUGGCAGAAUGGUUCGUCUUAUAACUCAACUUACUCCCAAGGAGGAAGAAAUGUUCCGGAACAUGAUUCGUCGCUUGGAUAGUUUGGCUCGAAUGGCUCAAGAUUUGGAUGUACGCAUAAUGAUUGAUGCAGAGCAGACUUACUUCCAGCCAGCUAUCUCUCGAAUCACAUUGGAAUUUAUGCGAAAAUACAACAAAGAAAAGGCUGUUGUAUUCAACACUUACCAAUGUUACUUGAAAGACACAUAUAAUGAAUGUACAACUGAUCUGGAACAAGCAAAGAGACAGAAUUUUUAUUUUGGUGCCAAACUGGUUCGUGGGGCGUACUUAGAACAGGAACGUGCGCGAGCUGCAGCGUUGGGUUAUUCCGAUCCUACAAAUCCGUCUUUUGAAGCUACUACAGAAAUGUACCAUCGCACCCUUACUGAAUGUUUGCGCCGCAUCAAGGAUCUCAAAGAUCAUGGAGAAGAGAAAAAGAUUGGAAUAAUGGUUGCCAGUCAUAAUGAAGAUACUGUGAGAUUUGCCAUUGAAAAAAUGAAAGAAAUUGGAAUAUCUCCUGAAGAUAAGGUAAUUUGUUUCGGGCAGCUUUUGGGUAUGUGUGACUACAUCACCUUCCCAUUAGGGCAGUCAGGUUAUUCUGCUUACAAAUACAUCCCUUAUGGUCCAAUAAAUGAAGUGCUCCCAUAUCUUUCUCGGCGUGCCCAAGAAAAUCGGGGUAUAUUGCAGAAAAUUAAAAAAGAAAAGAGCUUGCUUCUGCAAGAACUCAGGAGGCGAUUUGUUAGAGGAAAGUUCUUCUACACACCCAAAGGCAAUUAUGUGCCAGUGUGAGACCUAUCGUUGUUCUCUUGGUUGGCAUAUGACUGGAAGAAGGUUGAUAGGCAAGCAGGGAUAAUGCAAAGAAUUCUACUGGAGAAGAAUGCUCAAGGCCCUGCUUGUCUGGAAGGAUCACGAAGAUGACAACUUUCAGUUGAAAACAGAUUCUACGUAGUGAUGUUUUACUUAAUACCAGUAUUUCCAUCUCUAGGAAAUCAUGAUAUCAUGACGCUGUAUGAGUUUAUUGCUAAAGACUUAAGAGUAUUUUGUCUAGUCAUCAAUCAAAAUUGUCUUCAGUGGUUUUUUCUUUGUUUUUAUAUUUAUAUACAAAUAGUGAUACUGUUGGAACCAGCCUUAUUAAAAUUAUUACAAUUUUUUAUGCUUUGUAAAUUGUUUCUUCAUAAUUUCAGUUAAAGUUAUUUCUUGCAUUUCUUAUCUAUCAUGUGCUUCACGUAGUAAGCUGCCUUGAUACUUAAUUUUUAUUAGAAAACUGUUAACAAGAUAGUGUCACUAUCAUGAUUUCAGUCAUGUCAUAAAUCCUGUGAAAUGUGAUGUUGAGUGGACAUCUCUAUAUGCCAUAACUCUUAUAAAUAUAUAAAUACAGCAUGCAUGUUUUUGAGUUGUAUGUAGAAACCUUGAUUGUAUGAGAAAUAAGCAGAAAUUGAGAAGUUCCUGCAUCAGCAGGUCAAAGUGAUGUUUGAAAGACAAUGAACAGUGUAUGCGUGUGAAAUGAAUGUUACGUUCUCGUAUAUGUUGUAUUUUGUGGUAUUGUACGACAAUGAAAUUGUGUGAUGAGAUUUGUUUUUAGAAUUCAGCAUUUCAAACAUUAGGCAAGCUACUAUUUUUGAAUUCCUAUUAUUUAUGUGAACCGUUUUAAAAUACCAAACUAAGUUUAUUUAUUAGUUAAAAUUAAUCAACUUAGCAAUCUGUGAAUUAAGUUCAUUUUUGUUGUUGACACGUCUUGGUAUGUUAAUUUGAACUUCGUCCUUUUAUAGUCACCAAAGGAACUGCAGUGUAGUAAUUUUUUGAUUUUAAGUACAUUGUUCAGAAGACUAAUAAAUUCUGAAAGUACUUAGUUUCUAUUUUCUGUAUAUAUUUUAUAUAAUAUCUGCAAGUUAUAAUUGUGAAAUUUUCCUGGAAAAAUUGACACUCCUAUUGUGUAUUUCUUACAGUGACUGUGCACUGUCAAAUGCCUACUGAUACCUUGUAGACUGAAAAUAUUAGUUGCAUGUCACUGUAUUUCCUAAUUUUUAUUUUGUAAAGGUCUCUGCAGUUCAAUGUUAUUAAAUAUUUUAUCAAUUACAAUGGAUUCCUGAAUAUUCUUUGUUUCUUCUUGGGUAAUAUAAAUCAUUUAUAAUUAUUACUAUUGAAUACAGUUUGUGCCUGAGCAAAAUACACAAGAGGCAGAAUAUUGAAUGUUGCAUAUUAUACUAAAUGGCAGAAAAGUAUACAAAAUAAUAAAAAUAACUUUGUGUAAAACUAUUAGAUAGCUGGAAAAUAUGAAAACAGCAACAGUUCUGUCAGCAACAGCAUAGAACAUUCACAGAUCUGAAACAAAGUACUUAGGUAUAUGGGAAAUGUACUUGUGUUUUACAGGGUAGAGGUCUACUACAGUAAGAUAAAGAGGAUAAUUAUGAAUGUUGAAAUAAUAUUUAUGAAAGAAUGAAAAGACUUGUGGGUGUUUAACGUAGUUUAAAUUAUUUUGAACCAAUGUUAAAUUUCAUUAAUGGAUAAAGAGAUGUUGCAUUGCGGUGUGAUUGUUGUGUGGUUAGAAAUAGCUGUGCAAAACCUAUUGAUUUUGUAAAAAUAUUUGCAAUUGGUUGUUAUAGUCAGUCAUCUUACUAGAUGUGCAAAGGAUUCAUCAAUGGAUUCAGUUGAUUUCAAAACUUUUUUUCAACUGCAACUUAUUAAAAUUGAUAAUUUGCUUUUGUGGAGAGGUUGUAAAUUUAUAUGCAGAUCAUUUUCUUUAGCAGUUUCUUUUAACACUUUUUGUUUUAUAAAUUGUAUAAAGGUAAAAAAGACAACCUCAAGGUCCUUAGACAAUAAAUAUUUUAAAAUGAGUAUUCAAGGAAACACUUUUGUGAAAUUAUUCUUGAAGUUUAUUUUUUCUCUUGUCUGUCUCCACCUUGCAAGUCCUUCCUUUUGAACAUGCUGGGAUGUUGAGUAUAUAUAUGCUCUUCUUUCUUAGGAAGUCAAAAUAGUUUCAAAUCUGACAGAAAAGAUCCCACAUAUGUUGCAAAGGUUAAUAUUUCUUCAUGUCCAGGUGUACGAGUAGUUUUGUUAUUUCAACAACUUAUGAACUCCCAUGGCGAUACUAAAAUUUCAUGUGUGUUUGCAUCUACACAACAACAACAACAAAAAAAAAAAAAAAAAUCUUUCUUUCUUCCUUCUUUCCAUUGCUGAAGAACAUCGAUAAUGAUCAGAACAUG